AGAAGAAGAACCCGGAAGUGACGCGUUGUUUCGCGCUGCCUCGUCCACAUGCGGUUUCUUCCACAUGAUAUUUAAUUCUGGAAGAGUUUCUGUAAAGAAACGCUGAGGCAGGAGAACAGGAGGAAUCCUGCUGCGAGUUUAAGACGGUUUGCUGAGAAGAUGCUGAGUGAUGCUGAGGCUGCAGAGCUGCUGGCCUUCCUGACGCCCAGCACCCGGCCGGACGUGAAGGGGAAGGCCACCGAGUACAUCCUGGGGCUGUCUGGAAGCAGAGAUGGCUGCCGGUUCCUGCGCUCCAAACCCGACCUGUUAGCUGCUCUGUUUGCGCUGACCUCCGACCCCUCUGUUGCCAUAGUGAAGGACUGCUACCACAUCCUGAUCAACCUGUCAGCUGAUGAGACUCUGCACCAGGUUCUGGUCUGUGAGGUUCAGGUUCUUCCGGUUCUGUUGAAGAACCUCCAGGAUCCAGAGUUUCUGUUCUCUGAUCAGAUCAGCACCGUCCUGUCCAACCUGAGCCGCCAUGAUAAGACCUGCAGGACCGUCUUCCAGGUCCUGCAGGAGGAGCUCGGUCUGGCCCAGCUGGUGGAAAUCUUCUGCAAUGAAAGCUUCAACAGAAAGGCCAAGCUGCACUACCUGGGCCCCCUGCUGUCCAACCUGACCCAGCUUCCCGAGGCCAGGAGCCUCUUGAUGGACCGGGACAGGUGUGUGAUCCAGCGUUUGCUGCCGUUCACUCAGUACGAGGCGUCGGUGGUGAGGAGGGGCGGCGUCAUCGGCACGCUGAGGAACUGCUGCUUCGACCACGCUCAUCAUGCGUGGCUGCUGAGCGACGCCGUGGACGUGCUGCCGUUCCUGCUUCUGCCUCUGGCCGGCCCGGAGGAGCUCACCGAGGAGGAGAACGAAGGUCUGCCUGUGGACCUGCAGUAUCUGCCAGAGGACAAGCAGCGAGAAGCGGACCCCGACAUCAGGAAGAUGCUGCUGGAAACCCUGCUACUGCUGACGGCGACUAAAGCCGGCCGCCUGACGCUGCGACAGAAAAACGUUUAUCCCAUUGUGAGGGAGCUCCACCGCUGGGAGAAGGACGUUCAUGUCGGCGCCGCCUGCGAGAAACUGGUCCAGGUGCUGAUCGGAGACGAGCCGCAGCACGGCAUGGAGAACCUGAUGGAGGUGGACAUCCCGCAGGACGUGGAGGACAAGCUGAGGGAGGAGGAUGCCAAGGAGCAGCAGGAGCUGCAGGAGGAGGAGAGAAGGAGGAGAGAGGAAGAGAAGCAGGAGAAGUGAAACAAAGGACUGAUCCGGUCUUCAUCUUCUCCUGUUUCUGUCAUCAGCAGCUCUUCACUGAACUCUGGCUGCUGAUCCUGGUUCCAGUCCAGCUACUGACGUCUCUGUGUCCAUGUAGAGACGGAGGGACAAACUGACCUUUGACAUUCAUACAAAUAUAAUCCAGCUCCCAGUAAACCCAGCAGCUCCCAGUAAACCCAGCAGCGCAUUUACCAAUUUAGUCUUUCCAUAGAAGAAAAAGCAGAUCCAAGGUUAGAUGUUAUUUUAUUUUACUGCGUUAUUUUGCCAAAAGUUCAUACUCCUACAAUUUUUUUCUAUUUUCUCGAAGAAACUUUAUUGUAUUUUAUUGGCAUUAAAUACAGCAGCUCAUCUAACAGUGCAGCAUCAUUAUGAAGGAGAACAGAAAUUUGAUUUGAAAGGUUUUGUUUGGUUUCUGUUUAUUCAGUUUUAUUUUAAAGAAGCUAUAAAUCCAAAUAAGAUGAAGAUAAAAUAAAUCAGGAAGAUAAAGAUAUUUUUUUCCACUAGUUUAGAAUGAAGUUAUAAACUUUAGGGAUCUGAAUAUAUCAUAAAAAUUAUGAGAAACAUUUCAAAAAUCUAUACAUUAUAUUAAUGAUAUAUAUUUGAUCUAAUCGUUCAGACAGUUUGUAGCUUUUGAUUCGUUUCCAUUCCUUUAAACUGGUCCGUUUGGUUCUGCUGUCAGCCGCGUUUUCAACACCCAGACCGACCAGAAGAGGGCGCCACGCAUUUCUCUCCAUCUCAUCUCCCAUCUGUGCGGAAAUUCAUCUCCAAGUUGAAAACAAACAGAAAAAUGUUUUUACUUGGAAACUCACGCAAAGGAUUUAAAUUGAACCGGAUCACAGUUCGGAUCCGAAUCUUUUUCUAAGUCCUCCACUUCUACUCAGAGGUUCUGAAACAACAGCAGCGUUCCCCCCAUUUUCUUUUCUUUUUAAAGCAGAUUUUUGUCAAUUUUCAUAUUUAAACUUUUUAAUUAAGCAAAGCAUUUUAACGUUCAGAUGAUAAGAGUUCACUAUCGCAGUUCUUCCAGGUAAACUGUAGUAGAAGCCAGUUUGUCUUGUUUAACAGCAUUUUUUAGAGAAAGUUGAGGCUCUUGGACGGUAAAUAAACUAAAGUGAAGAAGUGAGUUUAGACUGACAGUAAUAAAUCAGAUGGAGCA